GCAACCAACGGGAGCCCCACCAGUUAUUGGCCCACCUGCAGUACUCAGUCCUAAGCCAACCCCAACUCCAACGCCUACUCGAACACCUACGCCGGCUCCCAUACCACGAGCGGAACCACCUCCCAUUCCGCCACCGACACCACCUCCCUUUCUACCACCGACACCAAAGCCCACUCCAGGGCAGGCAGCAAGGCCAAGUCAAACGCCGACCCCACAGCCAACUCCAAGGCCCACUCCAAGGCCCACUCCGAGACCCACUCCGAGGCCCACACCAAUGCCCACCCCAACGCCCACACCAAUGCCCACUCCGAAGCCGACUCCGAGGCCGACUCCGAGGCCGACUCCGAGGCCGACUCCGAGGCCCACUCCGAGGCCCACUCCGAGGCCCACUCCGAUGCCCACUCCGAUGCCCACUCCGAUGCGCACUUCAAUGUCCACUCCGAUGUCCACUCCGAUGUCCACUCCGAUGCCCACUCCGAUGCCCACUCCGAUGCCCACUCCGAGGCCUACUCCAAGGCCUACUCCAAAGCCUACUCCAAGGCCUACUCCACGGCCCACGACAACUCCUACGACUACUACGAAAGCAUUCUCUGUAGACGAGCUCGUCUGCACGGUGGGGGGAAAGGCCAUCUUCCCCGAAAUGAUCCCGACUGACGGGCUGUGCAACUACAUCUACUACACCAACGUCGCGGUGGUUCACGGCAUCUUGCACGGCAUCGAAACCGAAGAAAGCUGGGCCACGUUCAAGCUGGUGAUGAAGAGCCUCACAAAGACUUCCGGUGGCAUCGGAUUCGAUAUCCGGUACUCAGCCCCGAAUAGUAUGAACGCCACGACCGAACAGAACCUGCAACGUCAUUCGAGGAACAACAACCUCAUGCACUACGGCGUGUUGAACGUCUUGCACACAUCAAGGAAAGUAAAGGGUCUAUACGACAAGGCAAAAGUGCUUCUUGCAAAUUUGAAGGCUCUACAAGUGUCAACAAACGCCAUCAACUCGAAAACAUUAAUUGCUCUCGGCAUAUUCAAUUAUCGCAGCGGUAACGCGGUGGGCGUCCUCGGCGAUAUGCUCAACGAUGCUGUCACCAACCACGUUGCGGACACGGUCAUUGCCUACUCCUCUGUGGGCUGGAUCGAGCGAGAGAGCGAGUGCUACAGCCACCCGCCAUCUGUAUUUCAACGAAGUGACCUGAAAGGGCCGGCUCGGUUAAAUGUCGACCGGGCACCAGAUAUCAGAACCAUUACAACGCUCAUGACGAGAGACAAGCAAUUCCCCUCCAACACCAAGGUGGGGCUGUCCUUCGAGCUGGGCACCCUCGUCUACACCGUAAAGUCCGCAAAGAAAGGUGUCGACUCAGAUUUGGUCAACAUGCCGUGCAAGAGCCUCUACGUCACCAACUUCGACGUCGUGCCUUGCCUAGCAAACAACCAGACCAACCGAGCCAAAAGAUUUGAAGGCGUCGAGGUGGCCCAAUCAGAGGCGGAUAUAUCGCAGGUCAUACUCUUCGAGAGCAACAACACUCUAUUCUACAAGAUCAAGAAGUUGGCCGACAAUUCCACCUUCCUGCGGCCGGGCAUGUCACUGCUGCUCCUCAACGCCCACCUCGGGGACUUCAGGAACAAAGCGACGAGCCCGUGUGCCCAGUACAACGAAAAAGACCGAGACGACCCGUUCUACCGAAUCAGAGUAAUUAAGGCAUGGCUCGGGUUGAACUAAAGCCGAACCAAGGCAGCUUGAGGAAGAGUGGUCGUCGGACUGUGGAGUGGUGUGUGUGGCGCUAGUGACAAGCUUGUGCCUUGGCCUUCACCUCGUGUUGUGCUGUCAUAAAGUGCGACACCGGACAGGACUGCGUUUCCUGAUUAGUCGUGCCUUUGCGUAGUUCAACAAUAUUAGCGUACCUCUUA